AUGCCUCUGAAAUUCCUCAACUUCCCAUAUUUAGUCCAAGAAAAGAUUAUGGAAAACAUGGAGUUUUCCGAGAUUUUUCUAGCGUCACUCUGCUCGAAACGGAUGAAACAAUCUGUAAUUCGUGCAAGAGUGGCAAUUCCAAAAACGUGGUUUGUUGUAAAAGAAGACUCACGUCUUGUUGGAAUCAAACCGGAUACCAGUUACCCAGCGAAAAUGCUCAUUAAAAUGGUGGAGAAGCCAAAAAUCAAGAAAAGAAAAAUGAUCAAUGUGAAAAUUGGAGAGGGUUGUGAAGUGUCGGCAAAAAUCCGAGCAAAAUACUCCAAUUACGAUGAGCACUAUUGUCUAUUAGAAGUACUUCAAAUUGAUAAAACAUUGACUCAGGCUCUACAUGAUCAUGUCAAAAGUAUAUUCAAAUCAACACAAUCUUUUGAUCUACAAAUGGCGGCAGCCAAGAUAUCUGACGAUUUACCGAUAUUUGAAAACGUGAAAGAUAUCUUCAUACCUGGAGCUACAUCUGUGUUAGAAGUAGAAGUUUUGGAGAGAUUCCUGGAGAAAUAUCCAAAAUUACACAGUUUAAAUUUGCAACCGAUAAUAGAUGGCCUCUUAACAGACACCUCUAAAAUCUUUGAGAAUGAACGGGUUUAUAGCAGAAAUCCCGGACAAAUUGGAAAGAAUCUUUUGUUGAAUUUCAGUGGCAAAAGUCUCGAACUAUCAAAUGUAAUAAUUAGUGAGACUGAUAUCGUUGACAUUAUCAGAAAAUGGGUUACAAACGAGGGAUAUCAAGAUUUGGAGACACUUAUUCUAAGAAUGGCAAGUGCCAUUAUCAAUACGAAUCGUGUUUUUGAUGCUCUGCCAGAAACAGAAAUGUUCAAUCCAGCUAUCCGAUCACCGAACUUUUAUUAUGACAACAAAAUUAUCCACACUGCUAGUUUCAAUAUCGAACUCGAUGCUAAUAGUGUCUGCCGUGAUGUUAUUAGACCAAUUGACGGAAAGAGAGCUUCAAUUCGUAUUGAGUGUCAUCAAUUGGCAUUUGUCGUUUGGAAUUAA